CUUUCAUAUCAGCCCAUCGGAGAGUCUCCCCUCCUUCCCUGUCGUCUCGUCUCUCCGCGGAGAAAGAAGAAAAUCCGGAGCCGAAAGAUCGCUCGUCUUCCUCGUGUGCUGCAGAAGAGUCGGAGAAACCGCUUCCGCCGCCGGCUCGAUCUCAACUGAACCCUAGAUCCAUGGUUCUCCUACAGCCCGACCCUUUUCUUAAUGAGCUCACCAGCAUGUUUGAGCACAGCACGGAGAAAGGCUCGGUUUGGGUCACUCUCAAACGCUGGUGUUGAACUGGUGUGCUUCUUGUUUCUCGUGAUUUGAAGCAUCCUUGAAGUCUAAGGUGCAAAGGAAUAAGAUGAAAACUGCUGGUGAACCUCUUGACUACCGGUGCCUCAUCCGUGCAACCAAUGGCAAGAAGACAAUCUCUACUUCGGUUGGGGCAAAGGAUCACCAGAAGUUCCAAGCAUCUUAUGCAACAAUCCUCAAGGCACACAUGACAGCUCUUAAGAAGAGAGAAAGGAAGGACAAGAAGAAGGCUGCAGAUGCAACUACGAACAAGAAAGACGGCGAGAGCUCGAAGAACAAAAAACCUAAGAAGGUCUGAUUGAUGCUCUUCCCAGUAAACUUGAGGAAAGAAAACAUACACAGUUUGCUUCUAACUUUCUUUGUUUUACAAAGAGCAGAGUGGUUAAUUGGACUUUGCGGGAACAAGUAGAGAAUUGUUCAUUUUGUUCUGCGCAAUGCAGAUUUCUUGGCAGGUUUUGGAUUGAAUACCCUUAGGACUUGUCCAUUUUGUUCUCACGGCCAGUCCAAUUCCUAACCGGAGACUGAAUCCACUCCGGCCACUGAAAAUCCUUUCUCUUUUAUGAACUUCCCUUCCCC